GAGGAGAAGCGCACUUCGCUCCCAUGUAUUAUGAGAGUCUGUUAUGAAAGCGACAUUAAAUUAAAACUUGGAUCUUGAAAACCAAAGUGCCCGAUAGUGUUGAAGCCUUUUUAUUCUGAACAGCUCUGCACAACCGGCACGCUUGUGGUCACACAGUGUUUCCCCCCGGAAGGAUUAUUUCGUGGUACCGCAGCUAGCAAAAGAUAAACAAAGUUCAACAUGGCAGAGACUCACAGCUUGCAGGACUUGAGGCAACAGCCGGCAGUAGCUGCUAAAGUUUUCCUUCAGAGAGAUUAUACCCACGGCACCAUGUGCCAAUUCCAAACCAAGUUCCCCUCAGAGCUGGAGACCCGGAUUGACAAGCAGCAGUUUGAGGAGACCGUGCGGACCCUGAACAACCUGUACACUGAAGCAGAGAAGCUGGGGAGCCAAUCAUUAAUCGAAGGCUGUCUGGCGUGCCUUACAGCAUACACAGUCUUCCUGUGUAUGGAGACCCACUAUGAGAAGGUUUUGAAGAAGAUCGCAAAGUUCAUUCAGGAGCAGAAUGACAAGAUCUACGCACCCAGAGGCCUCCUGCUCACAGAUCCCAUCGAGAGAGGCCUGCGAGUCAUUGAGGUCACCAUUUUUGAAGACAGGAGUCUGACUAGAUAAGAGCAUCCACGCAGCUGUUUGUCUGAGUGAAGCUGCAGGGCCGUCACCAGACAGCAACCCCCCCCCCCCCGCUGAGGACCACCCUGCACCCUUAAUACUGCGUCUGUACAAUCUGUCCCUGACCCCACUUUCUAUCAAAUGAAUGACGAGCUUGAUAUUUAAGUAUUAUUCCAUCAUUCUUACUGAAAUCCCUUUACCCAUUAAUAGUCUGUUAUAUUCUGAAAUGUUAUCGGAGAAGACUUAUUGACGUCCUUAAAGCAAUUACACUUUUUUAGUUUUUGACGACAGUUAACCAUGAACAUAAUAAUGUACACUCCUCUUGGAAUAAUGUAGCCGACACACAGGGUAUCUUUUUUAUUUAUUUUUCACGAGCGAUAAUGAAGCUCAUCCACGACCUUUAAUGCUUUAAGUGACCGUCUCUGGUUAUCAUGUGAUUCGCUGCAUGUAUCGAACUUCACAGGUUAUUUGCUUUUUUUUUUUUUUUUUUUUUCAGUCAUGUAUUCUUGCAGCAGUGCUUUGUUUAUUUUCACGUCUUCUUGCACGCUUCCUUUGUAGCUUUUAUGCCUUACUGCCAAUUUCCACAUAGUCUGUGUGCGCUGCGUUCCGAUAGCGCCACGCUUUUGCUCCGUGGGACUGAGCGCCCCACUGUCUUAUUUUGAAAUUGACUGGAUGCUCUGUGCGUUUCCUUGCCUGACUUCCUGUCCGGCUCGAUCUGUUCUGUCUAGCUUGACGCGUGAUUGCAGCGUACUCUGUCAAAAAUGGACUCUCAGUAUAUUUGAAACGGAGCAGAGCGUAAUGGCGCUGCUGGCACGCCUCCUGUGGAAACAGGAGGAUCGAUUAGAGCGACAGUGAAGAGCGCCGUAGUGCGUGUGAUUAUGUGGAAAUCGGCAGUUUAAGUGAACUAAACUGAACUCUGUCAGGAUCGUUACAUUCCAGUGAAGAUGUCAGAUUGUAACAGAAAUGUAAAAUCAGGAGAUUAUUUAUGAAUACUGAAACUUGUGUUUGAGCACAUGAUGUUGUUCAUGCUCACUUUUAUGUUCUUUCUUUGGAUUUUUAUUUUUCUGUUCUGUGCACAAUUCAGUGACUACUUUAGGUUGUUUAGUCUCAUAAACUGUUGUGCUGCCUUUGACCUGAGCAUUAGAAGGACCCGUGUUGGUCGAUGGUGCCUGUAACUGCGUUGAAUGUUUCCAGUGUUAGUCUAAAGAUCUUAUCAAGUGAUUUCAUGAUUUUUUAGUGAUAUCCUGAAGAAAGUGAUUGUGACAGUUCUGCCUUUGGAGGGGGUGGAGAGAGUCUCUUGUAUCUUAUUGUAUCGUUCACUUUUUUUUCUCCUCUGCUUUAGCAGUAUAUGAGGAAUGCUUUGUAGACUACAAAGGAGUCUUAGGGCCACAUUAAGGGGGAACAAAUCCGAGAUUUAGAGAAUACAUUUACUAGAAUAAAGUUGUUUUAGUCUAUAGUUCCGUGAGAAGAGGAGCAGCCGCCUGUAUGUAAAUGAGGAACGUGGAGCAUCUUGUGAAGUUAUACUUUAGUAGAUGUUUGACUAAUGAGGAAAUACUUAUGCCCAUCAGCAUCGUCAUGAGUAUCAGGAACCUGAAAAGAUACUGAAAGAAACUGGGGUUUGUCUGAAAAGAGAACCACAUGGACUUGGAGGACAUUGUUUCUUUUGUGGCUUUGAGGGUUCUACUUUCAUCAUUUUCACGCAGGAGGAUGGCUGCUCUUCUGAUACAACCUUUCAGAAUAAUAACUUUAUUUGUGGGCUAAUUUAAAUUGAUGAAUUUAAUGUCCUAAAUGUACGACUUGAAUCUUGAAAUGUUAGAAAACAAAAUCUUUAACAUGGCCCUAAUACUCCGUCGUAGUAUAGUUUGAAUAGGAGGAUGAAAACAAAGUACCAAUGCCUAUUUGAGAUUUUCCCUUCACGACAUCACAAAGGGCAGUAGCCCCUCCCCCAGGUGGGUGACACUCCCACAGCUAGGUGU